AUGAUUAGCGGGCACAUGGCUCCCACAAAAGGAAGGAUUAUUGUCGACGGCAGAGACAUAUCUGGGUAUGAGCGUGUGCGCGUCGGCAUUUGCCCCCAACACAAUGUGCUAUUUCCGUAUUUAACCGUGAAAGAACACUUGGAAUUCUAUGCUGCGCUCAAAAACCCAUCUCUAUCGAAGAAGGAAGUGACACGCGCUGUGAAUGAAAUGGUUGAUGAUUUGCGAUUGGAAAAUAAGUUUAAUGCUUUGGUGUCAACUCUUUCCGGUGGUAUGCAGCGACGAUUAUGCAUUGGAAUCGCAUUUAUUGCAGGUUUGUCUCCUAAAUUGAAAAAAUCAUCGAUAAACACGACUCUGACACUUGAGCUCAAAUGAUU